CGUUCUUUGGUUAAUCACGCGGGUAAUGCUUGGACUUAGCUGUAAUUUGAAUUUCAAGGACAAAAAUCGUCAUCAGCAAGAUCAUCUGCAGGAGGAUUCUUACAGUCAGUGUGUGAGUUUUAGUUAUCAAUGUGUCGGGGAAUUCCAGGUUUCACAAUUUGGUACGCGGUACACGAUGGUGGAGGUCAUCCUCUUCAGUUCUGCAUUGAGGCAGUCAGUUAAUGCGAAUUUACUCGACCCGGAGGUAAGUGGAGGGUCCGACUUGUCGCCAUUUGUGGAAUCUCUUAAAUCAAACAAAAUUCCCACAAAGCUUCUGAAUCAGUGCCACUACCCAGUCAAUCGAUCCACAGUAAAGAAAAUGCAGUUCUUCGGAGGAUCAGAGAUCAGCCCAUCGCCGCCACCGCCGACAGUAUCAGGAAAUAAUGCACAUAUGUUGUAUGUAUUCAAUAGGAAUGGAGUUUGUCUUCUUUACAGGGAAUGGAAUCGGCCUCUUAAGACCUUAAACCCUCAGCAGGACCAUAAGCUCAUGUUUGGUUUGCUCUUCUCUCUCAAAUCUUUAACCGCCAAGAUGGAUCCUACAAGUGCUGAAAAAGGUAAUCUUGGGGUGCCGCAAUUACCUGGACAAGGAUGUUCAUUUCAUAGCUUUCGUACUAAUACAUAUAAACUCAGUUUCAUGGAAAGUCCGUCUGGGAUAAAGAUCAUCCUUGUCACACAUCCUAGGACUGGUGAUCUAAGGGAAUCUUUGAAGUAUAUUUACAAUUUGUAUGUUGAAUAUGUGGUGAAGAAUCUACUCUACUCCCCAGGGGCUCCUAUUAAGUGUGAGCUAUUUAAUUCUACGCUCGAUCAGUAUGUCAGAGGCCUUGGAUAAAUUUUCAAGAUUACAAUACCUUCAGGAUCAAAUGGAUUCAGAUACUUCUUAGUUGUCCCCUUCUGUUAUGAUGCUCUAUUAUCAGUGAUGGAAGAAUGGCUCAGGUCGAGUUCAAUACAUUCUAAAAACUUGCUGCACCCACUUUGGACAAAGUGUUGCGCCAAUUGUGUUUUACCUAGUUACAGUAUGACCUCAUUUUGGUAACUUCAGUAUAUUGUCUUUCAUGUCAUUAAAUGUGUUUAAACGAUAAGAGUUGGAUUAGGUCUGUAUUACAUUCAUUAGAUGCUGCAUUGGUGCUUGUCCUUUGAUGUUUUUAUGUGGUAUGUAUACAUACACUAGUACAAUGAAGAAUGGUAGAAUAGUCCUUUUAAAGGUUUAAGAUAGUUUUGCAGUGAAUGUGAAGUGUGCUUGCUUUUUAGUAUUG